CUCCACAACCUCAAUAUAGCCGUAGCAAUGCCCAAUCCACCAAGUCUAUAUGCGCAGCCCACGGACAAUCCCACCCCCAAAAACAACUCCGACAACAACCAGUAAUCACCCUUACACCCUCCCAUCCCAAACCUCCAGUCCACUAACACACUACGGACCCCACCAUAUCAUCCUUCCCACCGGCUCCGCGCCAAGACCCGUCGCCUACCCCCCACUGAACAAACGCCACAUCCCCCUCGUCCCCGCCUCCGGCUUCGACAUUCCGCCAAAGGGAGUAGCAGCAGCAGGGAAGGGGGAGAAAGAAUCGGACGCAGCGGGUAGCAUGUCGAGCGACCCGAAGAUGUCGCAGGCUACUCUAGAAUUGUUGCGCAAAGCGCGGAAGAUGGUCCCGCCGAUGCUGGAGAAAUUCCAUAAAGGACAGAUGGGUAGGAUUGCCGUCAUAGGCGGCAGUGAGGAUUACACCGGCGCGCCCUACUUCUCCGCUAUGGCCAGCGCCCGCCUCGGUGCCGACAUGUCCCACGUCAUCUGCGAGCCCCAAGCCGCGCAGGUAAUAAAAACUUACUCCCCAAACCUAAUGGUGCACCCCCUCCUCCGCUCCUCCCGCCACGCCACCACCAGCGAAACAUCCUCCUCCCUCUCAAAAUCAAUCAUCGAUCUCCUCCCCCGCUUCCACGUCCUCGUUAUCGGCCCCGGGUUGGGCCGCGACAAGCUCAUGCAAGAUGUCUGCGCCUCCGUCAUCAGCGAGGCGCGGAAAUCCGGACUCCCGCUUGUGCUUGACGCGGAUGGGCUUCUACUAGCGCAGAACCGACCGGAGCUCGUGCACGGGUAUCGCGAGUGCAUACUCACGCCCAAUGUCGUCGAGUUCGCGCGCCUCUGCAAAGCGCAGGGGAUCGACCCGGGCAGCUUCAAAGGGGAGGGCGAAGGGGCGGCGGCGCUGGCGGAGAAGUUGGGCGGAGUGACGGUGCUGAGGAAAGGGGCAAGGGAUUGGAUUAGUGAUGGGGAGAGGACUGUUGUUGGGGACUUGAGGGGGGGGUUGAAGAGGAGUGGUGGGCAGGGGGAUACGUUGACGGGGAGUAUUGCGACGUUUUUAGGGUGGCGGAAGGCGUAUUUAGAUAAACUGUGGGAGCAUGACGGGGAGUUGGAUAAGUGGGAGCUUUUGCAGCUGGCGGCGUUUGGGGGGAGCUGUGUUACGAGGGAGAGCUCCCGCCUCGCCUUCGCUAAACGCGGCCGCAGCCUUCAGGCUAGCGACUUGACGGACGAAGUCGAAGUGGCCUUCCGGAACCUCUUUGAAGACGACAACGCGGGGAGCGACGGCGGAUAUAUAGGUAAAGGGAGGCUUUCAAAAGUAUAAAUGAAUAUCUAUCUGCGCGAAGUACACUGUCUUAAAUAAGAGAACCAGCGAAGAAGCUCUAGUAAACUAAUAUAAACGGCAAUAGAAAUUGUUCUGAUAGAAAAUAAAGUAUCUCGGAAUUUAGGAACAUACAAAUCCACGUCAACCGAAGUUCGUUGGAUGGAUGUAUUUACCUCCAAGAUCGAAGAAACAAGGUGGAUAACUGCCCAAAUUAGUGAAGUCAAAUGUACCGGGUUCAGUUUCGGGAUCCUUUUUACUCGGGUCCACGUAACAUUCCCAGCUGUUGAUAAUAGCGAGCCGAAGGUCUGGGACG